AAUCGCCAAGUAUCAGACGGAAUUCCGUCAGAUCCACGAGCAUUCGGGGUGAGACCCUCUUUCCUCUUUCCCCUUUCCCCUUUCCCCCGCUGGAUGGAAAUUGUGAUUACUGACGAAACAAUUCUUCCUUGCUAGAUGGCACGAACAAGACCCCCUGGAAUUAGUAGACUCCGUUUACACCUGUAUCGAAGAAGCGAUGAAGACCUUCCUUGCCCUCGGUCACUCCAAGUCGGAUAUUGAGGCCAUUGGUAUCACCAGCCAACGCGAAACGACUCUGUGCUGGGACUGGGAAACUGGCGAGCCUUUAUGCCACGCAAUUGCAUGGCCAGACACCCGAACCAAGGGUCUGGUUCGGGAGCUCAAAUUAAAGUCAGGGGCCGAUGAUUUGAAAAACAUCUGCGGUCUGCCCCUCUCGACAUACCCUUCCUCCGUCUCGUUAGUGUGGCUGCUUCGCAACAACCCGGUCGUGAAGCAAGCGUAUGACGACGGCCGACUUGCAUUCGGCACGGUUGAUUCGUGGCUUAUAUACAAUCUGAAUGGUGGGCGGGACGGGAAUCUUCUGGUAACUGACGUGACAAACGCCUCCCGAACCAUGUUCAUGAACCUUGAGACCCUUGAUUACGACGACCGCUUGCUGGAAUUUUUUGAAAUCGACCGCACCAAGAUCCGAUUGCCCGCGAUCAUUCCUUCGUCGGAUCCCGAAGGCUAUGGCUAUAUUCGGUCGGGUCCGCUGGAGGGAGUUCCGAUUACGAGCUGUCUCGGAGACCAGUCGGCCGCAUUGGUCGGACACUGCGCCUUCACCCCCGGCAGUGCCAAGAAUACGUACGGUACUGGAUGCUUCCUUUUGUAUAAUGUUGGCGAGAAACCCGUUAUUUCCAAGCAUGGCCUCCUCGGUACCGUCGGAUUCCAGUUGGGACGGAACCGAAAACCCGUUUAUGCCCUGGAAGGCAGUGUAGCGGUGGCUGGAAGCGGUGUUUCAUUCCUAAUGAACAACAUGGGCUUCUUCCGGGAUUCGCGUAAAGUGAGUGAGGUGGCGGCAACGGUCCCGGACAAUGGAGGCUGUGUCUUUGUCACUGCCUUUAGCGGUCUAUUCGCCCCUUACUGGAUUGAUGAUGCAAAGGGAACCAUUUUCGGAAUCACACAGCACACCCAGCGUGGUCACAUUGCGCGCGCCACCAUGGAAGCUGCCUGCUUCCAAACCAAGGCCAUUCUUGAUGCCAUGGAGAUGGACAGUGGCCACAAACUGUCCGAGUUGGCUGUUGACGGAGGAAUGAGCAACUCGGACAUUUGUAUGCAGACGCAAGCUGAUAUUAUUCAAAUCCCCGUGGAACGACCGGCCAUGCAUGAAACAACAGCGCUGGGCGCCGCAAUUGCUGCUGGGUUCGCCAUUGACGUUUGGAAGGAGUUUAGCGAAUUGAAGAACAUGAACCGUGCCAACCGAACCAUAUUCCACCCCCAUGUGUCCAUCGAACAAAGCACGAAGAUGUACAAGCAGUGGUCCAAAGCCGUCGAAAUGUCCCGAGGCUGGGUGGACACGAGUGAGAUGCAAGAAGAGUAAUCCCCUCCUUU